AUACACGCAAACUGCCAUUUAUGGUGGCGUUACUAUGGCAGAAGUCUUCUUUCGUCUUGCAAAGUAAAAUCAUGACUCACGAAUUAAGCUUCGAGGACUUUCCAAUUUUGAAAUCAAAACAUGUCUAUAUUAAGGACAAAAAACGUCUUCUGAGGAUAUUGAACACAAUUUUGAGGGACGGAUGUAAGUCUUUGCAGAUCGUUACCGACUUUGAUUUGACAUUAACAAAGCAACAUGUUAAUGGUAAAAAGGUUCUCAGCAGUUUUGGGAUGUUCGGCAAGUGUAAGCAACUUUCGCUGACUUAUACGGAAGAGUCGCAUCGUCUCUAUGACAUGUACAGGCCAAUUGAAAUUGAUCCUCAUUUACCGCUUGAAACAAAAGCAGAAGCAAUGACAAAUUGGAUAAUUGCUGCAGAAGAAAUAUUAAAAGGAAUACCUUUUAAUCCUGAUGAAAUAUUAGAAGUAGCCAAAACUUAUGGAAUGAAUUUAAGGGAUCAUACUGAAGAACUUUUUAAAAAAUUAUAUUCUGCUGGGAUACCAAUAUUAGUUUUUAGUGCUGGCUUGGGAGAUAUUGUUGAAGCUAUUUUAAGGGAACGUGGAGUUCUAUUUGAUAAUGUAAAGGUGAUCUCAAAUUUCCUCGAGUAUAAGGAUGGAAAAUUAGCAGGCUUUAAAAAUGAAAAAUUAAUUCACGUUUUCAACAAAAAUGAAUAUGCCAUAGAGCAGGAGCAUCUUAAUGUUCUUGAAGGAAGAAAAAAUGUUCUUUUAAUGGGUGAUACUAUAGGGGAUGCAUCAAUGGUAGAUGGCAUGGGAGAGAUAAACGCAGUACUAAAAAUUGGUUUUCUUUAUGACAAUGCUGAAACUAGUUUGCGUUCGUAUAUGGAAGAAUAUGACAUUGUCUUAGUCGAUGAUCAAACAAUGCAAAUUCCAAUCGAUAUUCUUCGAAUAUUAUAACAAAUAAUAAAAUAUAUUUUCUAUUUUUCUAUUUCAUUUGUAAACUAUUUCUUUUCAACUUACUUCAAGUUUUAAGGUUAUAUUAUCAAUGACACGGAAUGAAACCAAUAAUACUUUACCUAACACAUUUGGGUAAUUAAACAAAAUAUUUGUUGCUUCUGGCAAUUGAUUUUUCUUGCUUAAAACACGCACUUUUAUAACUAUACUAGAUAUACUUAAUAAAUAUAUUCUUCGGUAAAAAUUGCUACGAGUUAGGGGUAACGACCAUUUUCUUCGCCGUGAGCCACAAGAGUCCCACCAAUCAGCCAAUCAAUUCCCCCACCCUAUCAGGUUUCGCACUACAAUAAAAGUUCGUUAGAAAUGCACGGAUUGGGACCGGAGCGUGAAUUGUAACGUAGAGAAGGCACGAUUCUGUACGAUCGUUUCUUUCUUGUUUCUCUCCUUCGAAAUGCAUUUCAUUCUUAACGAACUUACACUGUAGUUGAGUGCCCAGCAAGCUUUCGUCUU